UUAUACAACUGAUUCUUCACGUCGUAAAAAAUAUUCUAAAAGACAAAACCCACCAGGACAUUAAAGUAAAGUAAAAGAAAAAAAAACCAACAAUGACAACAAAUAGCAAUCAUUAUCAAGAAGAAUUAUUUUUAUUGGAUGAUGUAAACAAUAACAUCAUCCAUCCAUUUUCACUUCAUUUUCAACAGUCUCCUACUUUACCUACUACACCAGAUACAAUAGAUGAUUGGCUUGUAGAUGAACUUUAUAAAUCAGGUUUAAUAUCACCACCCAAUGCUACUUUUGACUUGCCAAAUCAGCAAGAUAUUUCAGUUUUAUUCCCUAUUACGCCUCCUAUUACUCCAUCUGUUCAAAAUAAUCUUGACAAUAAAAAUGCAGUAGCACCUACUUUACCUCUUUUCCCUGAUAUUGCUCAUAAACAACAAUCUCCUGUUAAGAAAUCAACUACUAAUUUACCACGUCUUGCACCACGUCCUACAACUCCUCUUAUGAAUACUGCUACUGCUUUACCUAGUCGUCAAUGUGCAAGUAACAAUAAACGAAAAUUAACAUCAACAGUUACUAUGGAUCCAGAUGAAAUAGCCCUUAAAAGACAAAAGAACACGGAUGCCGCACGUCGUUCAAGAUUAAAAAAGUUAAUGAAGAUGGAACAGUUAGAAAAACACGUUUCAGAAUUAGAAGCGGAUAAUCAAAAAUUGAUUACACGUAUUGCGGUUCUAGAAUCCGAAAAGGCUGGUUUGCAAUCAAAAGACAAUUCCCUUGAAGAAAGAAUUAAAGUUUUAGAAGGUCAAUUAUCAGAAGCACAUCGUGCUUUAAUGAAAUUUUAGUUUAUUAUUCAUCGAUUCUUGUAAUCAUUUAUAAUCUUAAAAUAAGAAUUAAUAUUUUUUUUUCUUUCUUUGUUAAAUAAUAAAGUACUACUAUUAUCAUUUUAAAA